UUACUCGCCGUACGUGUUUACUUCCUGCGCAGACCGGAAGCCUCUGAGUCUGGAGGUGACCGAAUGGCAGUGAUAAGAAUUUAGUUGCAUUGUAAACGGGUUGUUAUUACGCGUAGCGAUUGAACGGUCAGUUGUGCAGUCGGUCUUGAUUUACUGUUGCCAGAAUGGGGUCUCAUCUUGUGCGAAGUUAUAUCACGGAGACGGACACGACGCCAGACCCGACGAAGCCUUCUGCAUAUGACCCACAACUGGGCUUCGCGGAGCGGAAGGAGAGAGUUAUGGUGGCCACGCAGGAGCAGAUGAAUCUUGCGAUGGUCCCGGUGGAGCAGCGGGAUUACUGUGCUCAUCACCUGCUCAAACUCAUGAAGUGCAAGAGGGACAACUUCCCCAAUUUUCUCGCCUGCAAGCACGAGAGACAUGACUGGGACUACUGUCAACAUCAGGACUAUGUGAUGAGGAUGAAAGAGUACGAGCGAGAGAGACGACUCAACCUGAGGAAGAAGAGGCUCGAGGCACAGGCAGCAUAAAGAUUCAAUCCUCCCUUUCACCCCAUCACUUUCUUCCUGUUUCUGCUGUGUAUAUAAAUAGCUCUCUCAACAAUAAAGAGUAUCUCAUGAGAA